AUUCGUCGCCUGCGUUGAAAGCUGAAACAUUUCUAUUUUUAUCUCGAAUUGCACAAGCAUUUAUUUAGUAACUUUAAUUAGUGUACAGUAUUAGCAAACAAAAUAUGAUGAACAUUCAAAAAAUCGUUAGGAGCUUAAACCGAGCUGGAGUUACAAGAAUGUCAACUGGACAGUAUGGUGACGGUGCUGGCAAAGGAGGUGGUGGUGGUGGAUCCAUCCGUGAAGCAGGUGGAUCUUUCGGCAGAAUGGAAGCUGCUAGAGAAGAAGAAUUCUUUUAUAAACAGCAACAAGCCCAAUUGAAGAAACUUAAGGAACAAGCAAUAGAUCAGAAAACUUUCCAUGAGGAACAAUUAAAACUUCACAAGGAGGCUUUGGAGAGACAUGAAAAACAUUUGGCUGAGCUUAAGAAGUAAAUUCAAGUUUCAUAUAUAGCAUUAUGA